UUUUUUUUUCUUCCGACCAGUUUUGAAAUCAUGCUUUUAUUAUGAUAGCACCGGAAGUCGUGUGUUUCUGCUUCCGCCUGGCGCUCGCUCGCUUUCUCUGGGAAAGAGCGGGACAGCAGGGAGCGGAGGAGCGCCUCGCGCGGCUCACAUCAACACAUUUACGCAGAGAUCGAUCCGGGCUGACAGCAUGUCCUCUCGACGCAUCGCCGGGAUUUUUAUCACCGUUUUCUUGGCUCCACAUGCUCUGUCGCGUCUGCAUCCCGAGUGCGAGUACAUCUUCCAGCUGGAGAAGGAGGAGCGCCGCUGCCUCCAGUACGUCGCCGAGCAGGGAAACAGGAGCUCCGAAGGUUGCUGGCCUUUCUGGGAUGCGGUGGCCUGCUGGCCUCGAGCGGUCGCCGGGGAAACCGUCCAGAGGGCUUGUCCCGCCGUCUUCUCCCUCUUCAAAAACAGCACUGGGUCAGUGAGCCGGAACUGCACCGGCGGAGGCUGGUCCAGGCCUUUCCCGCCGUACCACGUCGCCUGCAAUGUGGACGAUGACAUUCCUGAGUCGGAGGAGCUGUACUUCAGCACGGUGAAGCUGAUCUACACCGUGGGCUACAGCCUCUCCCUGGCGGUGCUGACGGCGGCCGUGCUGACCCUGCUGUUUUUCAGGAGACUGCGAUGUGCCCGGAACUUCAUCCACAUCCAGCUCUUUGUGACCUUUAUUUUGAAAUCUGUUGCGGUGUUCAUAAAGGACGCCACCCUCUUCUGGAGUGAUGAGACCAACCACUGCACCCUCUCCACACUCCUCUCUCGUCUCUUCCCUCCUGCUGUUGUUGUGCAGUUUUCCUGUAAGACCUCCGUGGUCUUCUGUCACUACUGCGUCAUGGCCAACUUCUUCUGGCUCCUGGUGGAGGCGCUCUACCUCAAUUCCCUGCUCCUCUCCUCUUUCUAUCGCAGCCGCCGAUGCCUGUGGGGCUUCAGCCUGCUGGGAUGGGGUGUUCCUGUGUUCUUCAUAGUCCUGUGGAUGAUUUCCAGGGUUUAUUUUGAGGACACAGAAUGUUGGGACAUCAACGAGGACUCGCCGUACUGGUGGAUCAUCAAAGGGCCCAUCGUCGUCUCCAUCGCGGUGAACUUCAUGCUCUUCAUAAAUAUCAUCAGAAUCCUGAUCCAGAAGCUCAAUCCUCGCCUGAUCCAGUUCAACAACUCCUCCCAGUACAGACGCCUGGCCAGGUCCACCCUCCUGCUCAUCCCUCUGUUCGGAACACACUACAUGGUCUUCAACUUCCUGCCCGACUACUUCAACGUGAACCUGCGCCUCUGCAUCGAGCUCUGCAUCGGCUCCUUCCAGGGCCUUCUGGUCGCCGUCCUCUACUGCUUCCUCAAUCAGGAGGUGCAGAAGGAGCUCCACAUGCAGUGGCUGAGGUGGCGAGAGAGGAGCUACGGCGUGGUCUCACCUGCUGCAAAGGGCAGCCAGAUGGACACGCCCUUCUAACACCUCCAUGACGACCACCCCCCCGCGGGACUCGCUCUGCACACGGUGCACAUCCACCAUCCUGGUCCUCGUCCCUGACGCGCUCCAGUGCGUACGUCAUUCCUCACCGUUUCAUGACUGCACGCCGUCAGCCAGGACGGAGCGCGGCGCCUCACAGGAGAGUCCUCACCCGGAUCUCUUGACAUUUUACACACAGACGACACAGCAGCUCCUGCCAAUUCUCAUGAGCAUCACCCAAACAACACAGUGGCUCAUGAAAGGUCAGCUUUCAGACGCCGUCACACAUCGAAUCGAUGGAGUGUAAUCUGUCUAAGCUGGAGCUCAGAGCCUGACAAUCACACGGCCACGUUAUGAAGAAAAACUUCAAUCACGUUGAUUUGAUUCCUGUGCUGCUGCAUUCCAUUUGCAUUUUAAUGUAAACACUGUUGGAAUAUGUUCUCAAGAAACCCUCCAGUGAGACGGACGAGCAUGAUGGGACUCUGAGCAUGUUCACAGCAAAAGACCAGCGGAUUGUUCACCGACAGGACGGUUAAACGUGUUAGGAUCUCCUUGUGCUCGCCUAUUUAUGUAUUUAUUUAAACUGUUAUCAGUACAGAAAUGUAUGUUUGUGUUCAUGUAGAUUAAAGCUGAGAUGUUGUUCCCUCGUUGA